UCUCGCGCACUUCAUCCUUCUCGGUUGCUGGUCGGGUCGCGUGGAUGUGUGUAAAUUGUGUGUGUGGAUGAAAGGCGGCGUGCUAUGAAAAGCGCAUGCGCUUUGGCCGCCGGUCUGAAGGCGGAAUGUGCUCAUUAAGCUUGCGGGAAGCUAUCUCUUUAAGAAAGCACACUCCUGUUGCACAGGCCUGGUGUUUUUCCACUCACGGGCGCCCGUUAUAAGGAUUUGGAGGAGUCCAGGAAAUUAAAAAUUAUUUGUGUGGCGAGUGCUCCGUUACCUUGUCUCCGCACAGCCAGCACCAAGCAAGAAGGGAAACACAGGCAGCACAAUAAAGUAGUCGACAGCAGCAGCAGCAACAUGGCCCAGAAAGAGAAGCUCCAGUACCUCAAGGACUUCCAUAAGGACACGCUGAAGCCCUCACCAGGCAAGAGUCCCGGCUCGCGGCCCGAGGACGAGGCAGAGGGCAAGCCAGCGCAGCGCGAGAAGUGGGCCAGCAAGAUGGACUUUUUGCUAUCCGUCGCCGGGGGCUUCGUGGGCUUAGGGAACGUCUGGCGUUUCCCUUACCUCUGCUACAAGAAUGGCGGAGGUGCAUUUCUCAUUCCCUACUUCAUCUUUCUGUUUGGUGGAGGGCUGCCCGUAUUCUUCCUAGAGGUCGCCCUCGGUCAGUUCACUUCGGAAGGAGGCAUCACCUGCUGGGGGAAACUCUGCCCCAUUUUCACCGGUAUUGGCUAUGCCUCCAUAAUCAUCGUGUCUCUGCUUAAUGUCUACUACAUCGUCAUCUUGGCCUGGGGCCUCUAUUACCUUCUGCAGUGCAUCCAGCCGACUCUACCUUGGGCUGGGUGCAGGCACAGCUGGAACACAGAGAGCUGCGUGGAGGACACCGUCCGCAAGAACAAAAGCCUUUGGCUCAUAGCCAAUGGCACCAACAGCACCAGCAUGGCUCUCAACUUCACUUCCCCCGUCACCGAGUUCUGGGAGCACAAUGUCUUGUCCAUCUCCUCCGGUAUUGAUGACAUUGGGCCCAUCAAGUGGGAUCUGGCCAUGUGCCUGCUGGCCGUCUGGGUCAUCUGCUUCUUCUGCAUCUGGAAGGGGGUCAAGUCCACCGGCAAAGUGGUGUACGUCACGGCCACGUUCCCUUUCGUCAUGCUCUUUGUGCUGCUGAUCCGAGGGGUCACCUUGCCAGGAGCCUCAGAGGGCAUCAAGUUCUACUUGUACCCCGACCUGACACGCCUGAAGGACCCGGAGGUCUGGAUUGAUGCAGGAACUCAGAUUUUCUUUUCUUAUGCCAUCUGUCUGGGGGCCAUGACAUCACUGGGGAGCUACAACAAGUACAAAUAUAACUGCUACAGGGACUGUCUGCUGCUGGGAUGCCUCAACAGUGGGACCAGCUUUGUGUCCGGCUUCGCCAUCUUCUCCGUGCUGGGCUUUAUGGCACAAGAGCAAGGGGUGGCCAUAGGGGACGUGGCAGAAUCAGGUCCUGGGCUGGCCUUCAUAGCGUACCCUAAGGCCGUGUCCAUGAUGCCUCUGCCAUCCUUCUGGGCCAUCCUCUUCUUCAUCAUGCUGCUGCUGCUGGGAUUGGACAGCCAGUUUGUGGAAGUGGAAGGCCAGAUCACGUCACUGGUGGAUCUGAAUCCCUCCCUCCUAAGGAAGGGUUAUCGCCGUGAGAUCUUCAUCGCUGUGAUUUGCUUCAUGAGUUAUCUGCUGGGACUCACCAUGGUUACCAAGGGUGGCAUGUAUGUGUUCCAGCUGUUUGACUACUAUGCAGCCAGCGGUGUGUGCCUCUUAUGGGUUGCAUUCUUUGAAUGUAUUGCUGUAGCCUGGGUUUAUGGCGCUGAUAAUUUCUACGAUGCUAUUGAGGAUAUGAUUGGUUACAGACCUAACCCCUGGAUGAAGUGGAGCUGGGCUGUGGUCACACCAGUCUUAUGUGUGGGUUGUUUUGUCUUUUCGCUGGUCAGGUACAAGCCUCUGACCUACAAUAAGGUGUACGAGUACCCGCAGUGGUCCAUCGGCCUGGGCUGGUGCCUGGCUCUCUCCUCCAUGGUCUGCAUCCCCAUGGUGGUCGUCAUCAAGAUCCUGCAAUCAGAUGGAUCUCUUGUAGAGCGUAUCAAGGCGGUGGCGGCCCCGGUGGCUGGCUGGGCGAGCUCCAGAACCAAAGAGAACGGCCUGAAGAACAGCGAGCUGCUGCACCCCCUGGACCCCAGCGGCACCCAAAUACUCACCAAGCCCACUCACACCAUCGUCGAGACCACCAUGUGAUGGCGCCCGCCCGCCGUCCGUCCGACUGACGCCGCCACACCUGAAACGUCCAAAUGCUCGCCCGCACACGCCGACACGUGCGCGCGCUGACACACGUUUUAAGCACCACAUUACAUCUUCAAUGUCAUCGUAGAAAAGAAAAAAUUAAGAAAAAAAAAGAUAUUGAGCCCUCUCUAUGAGAGAUACCCUCCCGACACCCUCCACCUACCCAUCUCUGCUUCGUCCCUCUUGUGAACCCCUACAGCAAAAUGUGCCCCCCCCUCCGCCGUCCAUGUGUCGCCUCCUGCCCCUCAACCCCACCUGCUGUUCACUAUACACCCCCCCCCAACCUCUCCACCCUUCCACCCCUGCUUACUUAGGAUCAGGUGUAUCUUCUGUGUGUGUGCAUUAGAAAAUACUCGGCCUAGAUUUGUACUACGGUUCAUGUGUAUCCAUUAUACACUAUUACAACUGCAUAAUAAUCUUGUGUACUGUACUCUGUACUCUCUGGGUUGUUUGUUUUUUUCUUUCUUUCUCUCUCUUUAUCUCUGGUAUUUUUGUUGUUUUUUUUUACUUUUAAAGAUAGUGUUACUGUAGUGAUCCUAGCUCUUGGAGAUCAGGCAGUAUUUGCUUUAAAGAAAAAAAAGAAAAGAAAAAACAAUCUGCGCUGCUUAAACCACUGUAACUGUAGAUGACGGGAAAUACGAAGGGGAGAGACGUGAAGAAGUGCCAUGUGAUUGGUCAGUCAGGAGAAGAAUGCCCAGCGGUUAUAUCCAAUAACGUGUGAAGAAAGGAAAUAUGAUUGGUUGAUCAGUAGAAGAACGCACAGCACACUGAUUCUAAAUGCUAAGAUCUUUCCAGAUAGCUGUGGCAAAAACGAUUCAUGGAGAUAAAUGUGCGCGCAUAGUUUUGUGGCAGUACGUAUGUCCUCGUAAAACUGAAGAGGCUGUUUCUGAUUCGUUGUUGUGAUUUUUAAUCUGAAUGUACAGAACCUCCACUUUAAUAAGUGGAAGCGCAGUCCACACACACACACACACACACACACACACACACACACACACACACACACACACACACACACACACACACACACACACACACACACACACACACACACACACACACACUAUGGGGCCUAGAGUGUCCUCCUGCACACAAAAAAACUUACUAGACUGAAUGUAUCAUGUCAGUUGUCACACUGCCUACAUGUAACUAGCAUUUAGUGCUAAACAAUCAUCUCCGCUCUCCUCUCCUCUCCUCUCCUCUCCUCUCUAAAAAUAUAGUAAUCAAACAUUAUAACUUUUUUGUAUGUAUGUAUGUGAAUAAUGUUUGUGGUGUGAUUUUUCCAGUUUUCAAUCUCAAAAAAAAAAAAAAAAAAAAAACAGAAGAAAAAAAAAGUCUGUGUUGAAAUCCUUACAGCACCUCUUUAACCCCUUAAUCCCUCUCCAGACGCUUGCCACCACGCACAUCGCAACACCAUUGUUCUCAAUGACCUGACUUAACGUCAUCUCGCCGCAAGUACAUGCUUUUUGUAGUAUUCGAUUUGUUUGAGAUCAUAUAUGCCUUUUUGUAUAAGCCAUUUUAUACCUUAUAAGAGCUGUGCGCUAUUGCCAGUCAAUAUUAUUAUGAUUAAUAUUAUUAUGACAACCUAUUUUUUCUGAGUACUUUCAUAGAUGUAUUUAAAUAUUUGGGGAAAAAAAGAUUGGAGUAAAAUAGAGCAAAUAACCGUUGACUGUUUGUGAUAUUUGUAAUGUCUUUGGCUUUUUGACUUUGGCCUUAUUCCCUAUGGUGGGCACGUCCAGCAGGAAACUAUGGUCAUGUUCCAAAAUGUCUGCUCGUUAAAUACAUACUGCACUACACAGGGCGCGACGAAUUGCAAGUAUGUUGCUCCCUAAACAGUGCACUUCAGAGGCAGCAUUGAUUUGCAUUGUUUUGUUCCUUACUACGUGCACUUUGUAGUGUGGACAUUUCGGACAUGACCCGUGUUCACCUCUUGUAAGUGUGUCCCAUGACUUACAACCUAUGACCCUACUGACCUUUGACCUUCGACCUUUUUCUUGAGCACAUUUGCCCAGCUGGCACGGGCAGGCCAAAACAAACACACUGGUAACCACUCCCUCAUCCCCGUCCCCCUUACCCCCCUGUCCUCUACCCCUCUACCCGUGUACAAACACUAACAACACUGUUUUUAAUCCAACAGAGAUGGAGAAAAAAAAAGAAAUUACAUGUGAACCAAAGUAGAUUUGUAACAGAUUCAGCCCCUUCAAGGUGCAUAUUGCAUCUGUGUUAUUCGAAAAAAUAAAGUUUUUUUUGCGCUAAUAA